AUGACGGCCACAGCUGCGGUGGAGACACCAAAAAUGGAGAAGAGUGCCUCCAAGGAAGAGAGGCAGCAGCCGAAGCAGGAUAGCACAGGGCAGGGCAAUCCUGAUUCUGAAGAGUGGAUGAGCUCUGAGAGUGACCCUGAACAGAUAAUCCUUAAGAGCGGUGACAACAACAACAAAAGGUGCCAACCUGGGGAUGGUCAGUUGAAGAAAAAGGAGAUGCCCACCAAGCCACACCGUCAGCUCUGUCGAUCACCCUGCCUGGAUCGCCCAAGCUUCUCCCAGAGCAGCAUUUUACAGGAUGGUAAGCUCGACUUGGAAAAGGAAUACCAAGCCAAGAUGGAGUUUGCCCUAAAGCUGGGCUAUGCAGAAGAACAGAUUCAAUCCGUGCUCAACAAGCUGGGCCCAGAAUCACUUAUUAAUGAUGUGUUGGCAGAGCUUGUCAGACUUGGUAACAAAGGUGAUUCAGAAGGGCAGUUCAACUUAAGUCUAUUAGUGCCUCGCGGGCCCAGCUCCAAAGAGAUUGCAAGCCCUGAAUUGUCUCUUGAAGAUGAAAUAGACAACAGUGAUAAUCUGAGGCCAGUUGUGAUUGAUGGAAGUAACGUAGCAAUGAGUCAUGGGAAUAAAGAAGAAUUCUCCUGCAGAGGAAUACAACUUGCUGUGGAUUGGUUUCUAGAUAAAGGCCAUAAAGAUAUUACUGUAUUUGUGCCUGCAUGGAGAAAGGAGCAAUCCCGCCCUGAUGCACCAAUUACAGAUCAAGAUAUUCUACGUAAACUGGAGAAGGAAAAGAUUCUUGUCUUCACGCCAUCCCGAAGAGUCCAGGGCAGGAGGGUUGUCUGCUACGAUGAUCGGUUCAUAGUCAAACUGGCUUUUGAUUCUGAUGGCAUCAUUGUGUCCAAUGAUAACUACAGAGACCUUCAAGUCGAAAAGCCAGAAUGGAAGAAGUUUAUUGAGGAGCGGUUGCUGAUGUAUUCUUUUGUGAAUGACAAAUUUAUGCCUCCAGAUGAUCCUUUAGGACGCCAUGGCCCAAGCCUUGAAAAUUUCUUAAGAAAGAGGCCUGUUGUUCCUGAGCAUAAGAAGCAACCAUGUCCUUAUGGCAAAAAAUGCACCUACGGCCACAAGUGCAAAUACUACCAUCCGGAGCGGGCCAACCAACCCCAGCGUUCGGUGGCUGAUGAGCUCCGCAUCAGUGCCAAACUGUCCACAGUGAAAACCAUGAGUGAAGGCACCCUGGCCAAGUGUGGCACAGGGAUGUCUAGUGCCAAAGGUGAGAUAACCUCAGAGGUCAAACGUGUGGCCCCCAAGCGCCAAUCAGAUCCCAGCAUCCGGUCCAUGGCUGUGGAGCCUGAGGAAUGGCUGCCCAUUGCCCGUAAGCCUGAGGCCAGCUCUGUCCCCUCGCUUGUGACCGCCCUAAGUGUCCCCACAAUCCCACCUCCCAAAAGCCAUGCAGUGGGUGCACUCAACACCCGUUCAGCCAGCAGCCCAGUGCCAGGAUCCUCCCAUUUCCCCCACCAGAAGGCCUCACUGGAGCACAUGGCCAGCAUGCAGUACCCUCCCAUCCUGGUUACCAAUAGCCAUGGGACCCCUAUUACCUAUGCUGAGCAAUACCCAAAGUUUGAGUCCAUGGGGGACCAUGGCUACUAUUCAGUGUUAGGUGACUUCUCCAAACUAAACAUCAACAGCAUGCAUAAUCGAGAGUACUACAUGGCUGAAGCAGACCGGGGGGUGUAUGCCCGGAAUCCCAACCUCUGUCCUGAUAGCCGAAUGAGCCAUACCAGGAACGACAACUAUUCCUCUUACAACAACUUGUACUUGGCUGUAGCUGAUGCCCAUCCUGAAGGCAGUUUGAAGCUGCACCGCUCAGCAUCUCAGAACCGUCUUCAGCCUUUUCCUCAUGGUUACCAUGAAGCCUUAACACGAGUGCAGAGCUAUGGCCCAGAGGAUUCUAAGCAAGCCCCCCACAAGCAGUCAGUCCCCCACUUAGUCCCCCAGCACCCAACAACUGGAGCACGUUCCAACUGCCCUGGAGACUACCCCAUGCCUCCCAAUAUCCAUCCUGGGGCAACCCCCCAGCCAGGCCGUGCCCUGGUGAUGACUCGGAUGGAUAGCAUUUCUGACUCCCGCCUCUAUGAGAGCAACCCCAUGAGGCAAAGACGACCUCCUCUGUGCCGGGAACAGCAUGCCAGCUGGGACCCACUGCCUUGUGCAACCGACUCCUAUGGCUACCACUCCUAUCCCUUGAGUAACAGCCUCAUGCAACCAUGUUAUGAGCCAGUCAUGGUACGGAGCGUGCCUGAAAAGAUGGAGCAGCUUUGGAGGAAUCCUUGGGUUGGGAUGUGCAAUGACUCCAGGGAGCAUAUGAUUCCAGAGCACCAGUAUCAGACCUACAAGAACCUCUGCAAUAUUUUCCCUUCUAACAUCGUCCUUGCAGUGAUGGAGAAGAAUCCCCACACAGCAGAUGCCCAGCAACUGGCAGCCUUGAUUGUUGCUAAGCUUAGGGCUGCACGUUGA